GGCGGGUGAGCAACGUUUCCUGGUGGAAAUUCCGCACUGGAGGGAAAUCCACCCCCACCGGGAAUCGUCCCUAUGACGAAUCCCUACGGGUCUGCUCACGCUCCAAUGCUGUCGCCUCAGGCUCCGGCGUAUCACGCUCCACCUGGUCAUUGGCGUGUACAACCAUGGCAAUGGCCUGGCUCAUGGGGCGCUGUGCAACCGCCAUCGCUGCCGAUUGUCGAAUCCGCUCCCCACCCUUCUACUAUACCUGCGACUACUACUGUUUCUGCUCCUCCCCCUCCACCUCCACCUCCACCUCCUCCGCAAGGUUCUAACCUGCCCGGACAGCAUCAGAACGCUCAGCAUGGGCAUUCUCGGCACAGGGGUAACCUCGUCGGCGGAGGGAAAGGGCCUGCGGCCAAUGCUUUCCUUGGAUCUGGCAAUCGUGCAUACUUUACCAAAGAGUAUAUGGACAUUCUCGAAAAUAUCAAGAUGAAUAAAGCUCUGGAUGAGGCAAAGAACAAGAUUGCGGCUCCACGACAGCGCGGCCUGAAGAUGGCGGAGAUCCUGGAAGAAUCUAGUCGGUCGGGGUCCAGAACGACCGAUAAGACCGACGAGAUGAAGGUCUGGGUUUCUUCAACCCUCGGUGAGUCUCUUAGGUUGAUAAUGGCGAAGUUGGAGGAAAUUGACAAGAAGACCAACAUUACCGUUACCGAGAAAGAAGAACUGGAGAUGCUGCGGAAAGCCAAGGUUGCUGAGUGUGUGGCAGAAGGGAACAAAGAAGGGGGUAAAGACCGGAAAGAUGCGUUUAGUAGCGAGAAGAGGAAGAGAGCGGGGGCGCGCACCCCGGUGGAGAACUCACUGUCAGCUGCGCAUGCGAAACCCCGGUCGCGUGGGAGCUCGAAGACUCGACCGAAAAGGAUCGAGAUUUCAUCCGACGAUGAGGCCGCUGGUAAUGUGAAGCAGAAUCUCCACUCGAAAAUGGAGAACAACAGCGAAUUGGCUGAUAUUAAGCAGAUGUUGGUCUCGCUGAUGCAAGGGAUUGGUGAUGCCAAGAGUAAGGCCAACGUCGUCAAGCCAACCCCCCGGGAAACGGAGGCCGUGGCGAACGAAGACGUCAACCUUGCUCAGAACUCCUCGCUCGCCGAAGAAGAGGAAGAAGACGAAGGCGGUCUUGCUGCUUACAUGAAAGUUCGAGGGGAAUACUACAGCUCGUUGCACUACACUAGAGUGCAAGAGCUUUGCAAGGAGAAGGGAAUUCAAUACUUCCGCAAAGAUAUGGGGGUGUGGGAAUUGGCCAAGCACGAUCUGCAAGAAUAAUAUGCAGAUCUACUCAAGGAAUGAAAAGGCGAGCCGUCG